AUGCAUCCUCAGCAGCUGGUCGUCUCCUGGUUUUCCCUGGUUUUGCUGGCAUCUCCCCUCAUGGCCAUAUGGGAACUGGAGAAAAAUGUUUAUGUCGUAGAGUUGGAUUGGCACCCGGACGCACCCGGAGAAAUGGUGGUCCUCACCUGCCAUACCCCUGAAGAAGAUGACAUCACCUGGACCUCGGACCAGAGCAGUGAGGUCUUAGGCUCUGGUAAAACUCUGACCAUCCAAGUCAAAGAGUUUGGAGAUGCUGGCCGGUAUACCUGUCAUAAAGGAGGCAAGGUUCUGAGCCAUUCGCUCCUGCUGAUUCACAAAAAGGAAGAUGGAAUUUGGUCCACUGAUAUCUUAAAGGAACAGAAAGAAUCCAAAAAUAAGUUCUUUCUAAAAUGUGAGGCAAAGAAUUAUUCUGGACAUUUCACCUGCUGGUGGCUGACGGCAAUCAGUACUGACUUGAAAUUCAGUGUCAAGAGCAGCAGAGGCUUCUCUGACCCCCAAGGGGUGACAUGUGGAGCAGUGACACUCUCAGCAGAGAGGGUCAGAGUGGACAACAGGGAUUAUAAGAAGUACACGGUGGGGUGUCAGGAGGGCAGCACCUGCCCCGCGGCCGAGGAGAGCCUACCCAUCGAGGUCGUGGUGGGUGCCAUUCACAAGCUCAAGUAUGAAAACUACACCAGCAGCUUCUUCAUCAGGGACAUCAAGUUCAAGAAAGAGAGACUCUGCGUGGACAAAACCUCAGCCAAGGUCACGUGCCACAAGGAUGCCAAGAUCCGCGUGCAAGCCCGAGACCGCUACUACAGCUCCUCCUGGAGUGACUGGGCAUCUGUGUCCUGCAGUUAG